AUGGUUGGCCUGUGGUUUGCCAUGAUUGUUAGGCAUUUUGACUACUUGGAUGCAUCCAGUUGUAACACAAUGAAACAAUUUGUGAAGUCUAGCACCUCAACUUUCUACUUUGUCCGCUGUGCGAUCUUCCUGGCAUCAACUCCUCCAGAUGCCAGGUUUUGGGAAGUCCAUGUGUCACUUGAAUUUGGCAAGGGAAAAGGCCGUUGGUUCUCCCAGCCCAAAGAACUGCGAGAGCCCUCUGAGUACCUCCAGAACACUGAGCCACAGCCUGCACCUGCGGGUCAUGCAGUCAAGUGGUGGAAGCAAGAUAAGCUCUACUUGCUCCGCAGGCCCCAGGGCACAGUUAUUGGGCUUCUUCUUGUGGCAGGGGUGGAGAGAAGACUCCCGCUUCCUCAAGAGGCACUCGCACUGCAAAGGAAGGACGUCAAAGCCGCCCCCAUGUGCGACGUGGAAUUAGGAGUGAUGAAGAAGGAGCCUGGCACAGAGGGCCAGUUGGGGCCUGCUGAGCCUCACUGGUUUGAGCGGAAUGUGCAGCCCUGCCUGGCCGAGGCGAUCGGUUCUGCCCUCUUCGUCUUCAUCGGGUGCCUGUCCGUCAUCGAGAACGCGGAUGGGACGGGCAGGCUGCAGCCAGCCCUGGCGCACGGACUGUCCCUCGGCCUCAUCAUCGCCAUUUUGGGAAACAUCAGUGGAGGCCACUUCAACCCAGCCGUUUCCUUGGCAGCCAUGCUGAUUGGAGGAUUGAAUUUCAUGAUGCUCUUCCCUUACUGGAUCUCCCAGCUCUGCGGAGGGCUGAUAGGAGCUGCUUUGGCAAAGGUGGUGAGCAUGGAGGACCGAUUUCUGAAUGCCACGGGAGCAGCUUUUGGGACGAUCAGCGUGGAUGAGCAGGUAGGAGGGGCGCUGGUGGCAGAGACUAUCAUGACGCUCUUCCUGAUCCUGGCCGUCUGCAUGGGAGCCAUCAACGAGAAAACCAAGAGCCCGCUGGCCCCGUUCUGCAUUGGAUUCACUGUCGGGGCCGACAUUUUGGCCGGUGGGGCUAUAUCAGGAGCCUGCAUGAAUCCUGCCAGAGCCUUUGGGCCCGCAGUGAUGGCCAACUACUGGGACUACCACUGGGUCUACUGGGUUGGCCCGUUGGCGGCCAGCCUGAUUGCGGCAGUGUUGAUAAGAUUCUUCAUUGGGGACAGAAAAAUUCGCCUGUUCUUGAAAUGA